UUACUCCAUAUUUAUAUAUAUUUUAUUUAUCUAUACAAAUAACAUUUACUUUUUUGUUUGAUCACAUGAACUCAAAUAUAAUGAAUUUUGUCAAGAGGAUACCUGUUGUUGGUCUAACAUCACAAUUAUGCUGUAUGUCUGUAAGGAAGCGGGUGUUGAGUACGGGCCCAUUGAGAACUGCAGAAGCUGAUCUCAGCUCCGAAGUGGAGCUGAUGAAGAAAGACGGCAGCCAUCGACUCUUGGAUUUUGACCAUGAAAGCCUUGCAGCUCGAGGAUACCUCCGCAAUCAGCGCAGCUAUACACCACCCCCAGAUGUAGCCAUUCGUGUGCAGCGCCUGUGUGAGGAGAUCUGUGGUUCCACCUCAGCUGAAUUCAGCUCUCCUGACCUCAAAUUCUCUGUUCUCAAGCGCUGUAGUAAAGAAUUCAAUCACACAGUACCUAACUCCUACCUCCACUCAAUCACCAAUAUUGACGCCCUUGUUGCGUUCUACUCUGCUCCUGUGGACGCCCGUGUUCCCUUGGACCGCAUGCGGGACAUCGACCUUCCUAAGAACCUGCACGUCAUCUACAAUUACACCAGGUUCCACCCUGAGACCGACACGAAGUUUGGCGGCGUGACCGCGUUCCCCGGCAGCAGCACGCUGGUGACAGGCCUGAAGACCAGGAAGAAAUACCAGGGCUUCAGAGACGAGCCCGAGUGGCUACGGUACAAUCUGGAACAGGAGGUUGACCGCCACGGCAACCCUAUCAGUAAACCAAGACCACAGCGCGUCCUUGUGGACCAGUGGUGAUGGUUUGCGCUAUUCCCCUACGAAGGUCGCUGCAAGAAUAUGUAUUAGAACCGCCCACUACUAAAUUAGUUGGGGGGCAAUUGUCUUGCCCCGUUAAGUCAAAUUAUAGAAUCGCCCACCACAUAAUAACGUAGUGGGCCUAUCGUGACAUACAACUUGUGUCGUGUCCAACACAUGCAAGACCUAAUCAGUUUUCUGCCAAUCCUAAGAUGUGAAGAUAUUUUCCAAGGAGCAGCGAGGUCAUAAUUAAACAUCAAUGUACAAAGUU